CCCCAUCUUAUCACACAGUCUCUGCACAACACUGGUGUAUCAGAAAAGUGCAUCUUCAAAAUAACUCACAGGCAAAGAGAAAGAAGGAACCUCAAGAAACACCUAAUUUUUCAAUUUUCCCAUCAAGUUCAGAGGGAGAAAGAAUGGGAUCUGUCGGCGUUCAGAUUGUAUGUGUGGCCCUUGGGGUCCUCGGCCUGAUCGGGGCCAUUGUGUGCUGUGCUGUCCCACGCUGGAAGGUGUCCUCCUUCGUGGGAUCCAACAUCGUGACUGCACAGAGCACGCAGGAGGGCCUGUGGAUGAACUGUGCGGUGCAGAGUACCGGCCAGCAGCAGUGCAAGAACUUUGACUCCCUGCUGGUGUUGCCCUCUGACCUGCAGGCCGCCCGCGCCCUGACCAUCAUCUGCUGCCUGCUCUGCUGCCUCAGCAUCCUUAUCCUGUUCUGCGGAGCCGACUUCACCACCUGCAUAGAGAACGAAGACGCCAAGCCCAAGAUCAGCCUGGUGGCCGGGGUGGGCAUGCUGCUGGCAGGCCUCUUGUUGAUCAUUGCCGUCAGCUGGUCCGCCCACAAUAUUGUGCAAGACUUCAACAACCCCUUGAUACUUCCUACCCAGAAGAAGGAGAUAGGGGCAUGCAUCUUCAUAGGUUGGGGGGCCGGCGCUCUGCUCCUUCUGGGUGGUGGUCUGCUCUGCUGCUUCAGCAGGCCUGGAUCUGGCAGCUCUGGGGGAACCGUCAAGUAUUACGGCAACAAUGCCGGAGCCAAUAAAAACUACGUGUAGUGGCUUUAUGAUGGGGACUGGUGUUUGGGGGGGCAGGGGUUUACUUGGUCAAAGACCGGGGAGCAAGAAAGUAGCUGACACCAGGGGUUGUUUUGGGAAGAAAAAAACAGAAAACAUCUCUGUAUAUACUGAAUACUCUGAUUUCUUUUUAGUUAUGCUGGUGAUGUUUUAAAAUUUAGUUUUUACUAUUGGGUGCUGGGUUAUGCAUAAGCUGUUUAAAAUUAAAAAGAAAACAAAUGGUAUACAUGCCAAAAAUUACACAAAUUUGUCAUAUUAGAAUUAAAACUGUUUUAUUUGGGUUUCUGCUUUGACACAUACAAAAUCAGCUAGAAUAUCAUAGCUGCAAAACUUCUGCAUUUUCCUUUUCUUAAUGUUUGACUUCAAAAGUACGUUUGAUAUAACAACACGAAAAAAAUCAAGAAUAUGAAAAUGUGAAAAGUGUAUUUGCGGGAAUAAAAACGUACCCAGCAUUUAAAUAUAAAAGAGCCACCCGGCCUUUUAAAACACACUAGAGCAUCAUAUCUUACAUGUAACUUGGAUCAACAGCUUUGUCUAUAUUGCAUGUUUCAUCACUUGUCUGUUUCUCUUAAGUCUUUCUUACUUCUUUUACUUCGUCAGAAAAAGCUGCCUAAAAUAGGUCUUUAACCAAAGGCACCUCAGCAGGCCUCAGGGAGCAUUUAUGUGCACUUGUUUCUCUGAUGAUAUACUCUUAAACGUCCACAGGACAUUCAAACAUUUUCUGUAACAUUUGGUAUUGCUCAUUUUGUUUUCUCAUUUUGUAUGACGAUGAGUAUUAAAAAUUGGUCUAAUUCAAA